AUGCUUUUCCUUUCUGCUGCCUUAGUCACCGUUAUUUCUGUCAAUCACGGAAUUAGAAAGAUCCGUGGGAAAAUUCUUCAAAAGCGUUCCCAAAAGCUUAACAAAAAUGGAAAUACCAUCAAAACUUCUAAAAAUGAAACCAAAAAGAGUUUAAAAACAUCUGUUGCAAAUGAAGAAAAACAAUUUGUCCCACAACUCACAGCUAAGUCUUUGGAACAGUCUUUUUCUGGGGAUUACUAUCUAGUUCCAGUUGUUUCUCAACCCUUAAAAACAAGCAAAAAAAACAAGAAACAUCUUUCCACUACUGGAAUUCGUGCAAACUACUCUUGGACUAGUCAUGAAUUAAAGACCAUUUUGGUUGGCCCCAACACUAAAGAUUAUUUUACUAUAUUUAAUACUUCUUCCCUCUAUUUGCUUAUUGAUGUUAUUAUUAAGCAAAUCAAAGAACAUAAAAUUUCCAAAGUAUCUUAUUCUACUAGCAACUUUCUAGUCUUGCUUACAGAGGAAGAUUUAAAGCACUCUAACAAAAAUCCAAUCUUUUCAUUGGAUAUAAAGCAAGAUACACUCCAUUGCUGUCUUUUUCAAGAAAGCAAACUUACUUCAAAUUUCAAAUCUCUAACAAAAGUGUUGGAUGAUGCAAAUAAGAGAGAACAAAAUAAAGGUUUUGAAAUUAUGCAAAAAUACUCCCGUACUCCAAGAGAUAAUUUAAACAAGGAGAGAGGAUAUUCAAAAUAUGAUGACCAAUAUUACACAUCUUCUUAUGAAGAAACAAUCGUUUCAGAUGGGUUGAGCAACAUAUUCGCUUCAGAUUCUGAAAGCAGCAAUAUAUUAGAUCAUUUUUACUCAGGCGAUAGUAUUUACUCAAACGAUGAAACUGAAGCUGACUUUGAAGAGACCUUAGAGGCCGAUAUAGAUUAUGAUGAAAUUAGUUCCCAAAAAAGUUACUGCAAUAUUUCAUCGGUUGAUUCAACUUCCAAAUCGGAUUCUGAAUCAAACUAUAUGGCUUCUGUCGCUUCAAAAAAUGAAUCUUCUGGUAUCAUUAGCAGUUCAUUAGUUUCUUGUGAAAAGUUGGAUACUGACAGUUUUAUGGGUAAAGAGUCGUCAAAAAAAUCUAAGACCAACUUUUCCAAAACUUUAAAACUUUCAAGUCAAAAAGAAAACUUACUUUAA